AUGGCAAUUCCACUCCUCCACCUAUCGUCACCAUUCCUCUACUCCUCUCCGACACAGAAAAGAUUCCUCCUCCACCAGUGCCCCCACCAGCACCACCACAACAACAACAACAACAAAAACGCACUUCCAAACAUACCCUCAUCUUCCUUUAGAAAUGGAAGCAGCAGUACUCCUCCAGAAACAGAGUGCCCUGUACCACUUGAUCAGCAACCCAUAAAUGAGUUCCAAAACCUCUCAACUUCCUUCCCUUUUUCUUGGGCUUCAGGUGACAUUGUUGAGUAUUGCUCUCGUUUAUUCGUUACUGGUGCUUCCUUUGCUCUCCUUAUUGCCCUACCUGUUGCUUGGUUUGGCACUGUGGGACCAAAAAAUGAGCCAUUGAAGCCAGUACUUGCAGCUUUAUCAAGUGGGAUUUUUGUUGCCAGUCUUGCUGUUGUGAGAAUGUACCUGGGUUGGGCUUAUGUUGGGAAUCGAUUGCUCAGUGCCACUGUUGAAUAUGAAGAGACAGGGUGGUAUGAUGGUCAGAUAUGGGUGAAAUCGGCUGAAGUUUUGGCUAGAGAUCGACUUCUCGGUUCAUUUUCAGUCAAGCCUGUGCUAAGCAGAUUGAAGUACACCCUCGUCACUCUUGCAGCAUCACUAUUUGUAUGCGUUGUUCUCUUCAUCAAUAUUGAGGGAGGCCAAAAGGGUUCUUACGUACCAUCUGAUGAAGCUGGGGGUAGAGCUAUUCCUGGAGUUUACAAUGAUGAUUCAGCCAGAUCUUUUGAGCCAGAUGCAUUCUGUGGCGAACCUGCUCCUCCUGAAUCAUGA